CCAUUUAUGUCCACUUCCCAAACCCCCACUCUCUCUUUCUCGCACUCCUGCAAGAUCAUCUCCAUCUCCCACAAUCUUAUCGUCUUUUAUUCAAUUUUGUUGAACUCAUAAUACUGGAGUCAACCAGUUUUUUCUCUGACCCUCGAUCGAUUCCUUCCGAUGGGGUUUUUUAGGCGCAUAGGGGAUCUUCUAGGAUUUUCGAAGGGCGAUCACGAACCCAAAGGGGAAGACGACGAGAACAACAACAACAACAACAACGACGACGAGAAUUCUGAUUCUCAGACCCAUAAUCGGCCCCAUUUACAAGGUACCGGCCUCCCUCGUAGAGGCUUCGGUGUGCCGGUCCAGGUCGUCGUUGACCGGCCCCAGCUCGGUCCGGUCAUCGGUCCCUGUAAACCCGGAGAGGGCGGCGUCCAGGGUUUGAGAUGGUAUGCUAAGCAGCUGAAGAUAGAUGAAGAUGGAGAUGUAGCAGAUGAGUUUCUGGAAGAGGUCCUGCCCGAAGAAAAUCACUGUCGAACACCGUUCCCGAGGUUUGCCGUUAAGCACAGUACGAUGCCGGCGGAAGUGAAGAAACUGGCUCUGACGCUUGAUGGGAAAAUUGAACAGUGUGUGCAGCACCACGACAGAUUGCUGUGGGCAUGAAGUAUCUUUAAAAGAGAUUAAUAUUCAGGCGUCUUGGGUGGUAGGGUUUGUUUAGGUCUCAGCACAAGUAUGUUGUCAGUUUGUUGAUUCGGAAAGAACACUAGUUGUUUGUUCUUUAUGGAUUGUGGACCCAGCAACCCUUCGUAUCAAUGUAGAUGUGUUAUUCUUAAAGGAUUUUCUUGGAUGCUUCUCAUCCCUGCCAAA